GUAAAAUUUAUUAUUACCGGCGUUGAUUAGCUCUUGUCCAAAAAAAAAAUCUGAAGAAAAAAAAGUAAACAAUAACAAUGUCGUUCUCAAAAUCUCAUUCAGUCAUCACCUGUUGAAUUUGUAGUUUUGCGCCUACCCCCUCGCCUCCUCACCACAUCCAAAACCUCCAUUUCUUUCUCUCUCCUUGCCUUCAUUUGCUCCCCAUUUCCCCUUCUUCAUCCUUCCUUUCCAUCUCUUUUAUUUAUCCAGAACCAUAAAUUAGGGUUUUUCUUUUCAAAUCGCACACCUUUUUCUCUUACUUUUUCCCCUUUCUCUUUCACUUCCAGUCAAAAUUGCUUCCAGUAGAUCUGUCCUCCAUUUUUUUCUAGCUCAAGCUUCCUGAUUCUUCGCCAUGUUUUGGAAGCUCACUGCCUUGUCUGCUUCAUCGCCUGUUGAGGCGAUAUUAGACAAAGACAAUUUCACUUUAGAAGAGCUAUUGGAUGAAGAAGAAAUGAUCCAAGAAUGCAAAGCUUUGAAUAGUCGUUUGAUUAACUUCCUACGGGACAGAGCUCAAGUGGAACAGCUACUACGAUAUAUUGUAGAAGAACCUUCAGAGGAUGCUGACAGCAAACGCACCUUUAAGUUUCCAUUUGUAGCGUCGGAGGUUUUUACAUGUGAAAUCGACGUCAUUCUAAGAACAUUAGUGGAGGAGGAGGAGAUGAUGGACUUGCUUUUCUCCUUUUUGGUACCCGAACGACCACACAGCGCCUCACUUGCUGGGUAUUUUAGCAAAGUUGUUGUGUGCCUCAUGCUGAGGAAGACAGUUCCACUCAUGAAUUAUGUUCAAGCGCACCAAGAUGUUUUUCAGCAGCUGGUCGAUUUGAUUGGAAUCACUUCCAUUAUGGAGGUCUUAGUUCGACUCGUUGGUGCUGAUGAUCAUGUUUAUCCCAAUUACAUGGAUGUUAUGCGAUGGCUGGCUGAGAGUAAUUUGCUGGAGAUGAUAGUUGAUAAACUGAGCCCUUCUUGCCCACCUGAGGUUCAGGCUAAUGCAGCAGAAACACUGUGCGCUAUUACUCGGAAUAUGGGAUCUCCACUUGCAACAAAACUUUCUAGUCCCGGUUUUGUUGCAAGGAUCUUUGCUCAUGCGCUUGAAGACUCCUCAACGAAGUCUGGUCUAGUCCAUUCCCUGUCUGUAUGUAUAUCUUUAUUGGAUCCAAGAAGAUCGACUUCUUCUUUGUUGUAUCACUCUUUUCGUGGACAACAUAUGUACGAGGCACCUAUUGCUGUAAACCCUGAGACUGUGAGCGCAAUGUUACCUAAACUUGGUGAUUUGUUGAAGCUUUUGAAUGUGAGUUCUGAUGAGAAGAUCCUACCGACUCCAUAUGGUGAACUAAGACCACCUCUAGGAAAACAUCGACUUAAGAUUGUUGAGUUCAUUGCUGUUUUGUUGAAAGCUGGUAAUCAAGCUGCGGAAGACGAAUUUGUGAACUCUGGAACCAUUCAAAGAGUCUUAGAUCUCUUUUUUGAGUACCCAUACAAUAAUGCGUUACAUCAUCAUGUUGAAAGCAUAAUUUCAUCCUGCUUGGAGAGUCGGAAUGAUACAGUUACAGAUCAUGUUUUCAAAGAUUGUGGUUUGAUUAAAAAGCUUCUUGAUGCCGAUAGGAAUCCCAUGCUUUCUGGCGAUAUUAAACUGCCAACAAUACCUGCUGCUGAUAAGAAGCAUCCGAGGGCCGGUAAUCUUGGACAUAUAACUCAAAUUGCUAACAAGAUAGUUCAGCUUGGACAAGGCAACAAAAGCAUCCAACCAUAUAUUCAGGAAAACAGUGAAUGGAGUGAUUGGCAUGCUACAGUGUUGCACGAAAGAAAUGUGAUAGGAAAUGUUUACCGCUGGGCUUGUGGGCGUCCAACUGCAUUACAUGACAGAACGAGGGACAGUGAUGAUGAAGACCUUCAUGAUAGAGAUUAUGAUGUUGCUGCUUUAGCCAAUAACCUUAGUCAGGCUUUUAGACCUGAUAUAUUUGGCAAUGAAGGUUCUGAAGAGGAUAAUGGAGCUAUUGAUAGGGACGAUGAGGAUGUCUACUUCGAUGAUGAAUCUGCUGAAGUUGUUAUAUCUUCGUUACGACUUGGUGAUGACCAAGGGAGUUUGUUUACAAAUUCAAAUUGGUUUACAUUCAAAGGCGAGAGAGCUGACAGCACCCCGGUUAGUACUUCUCUAUCUGACGCCAUGGAAGAUAUCAAUUUGAACAGAGCUGUAAAUGGAGGAAACAGCAGCAGUGACGAUGAGGUGGUUGUUGGUGAGGAUGAAGUGUUGACUGAAGCUAAAGACUCCAGUAGUGCUCCAUCCAGUUCUGAACAUAAUCAUGUGAAUGAAUUAGGUUCAAACUUGGCUGAUAGCGAAGAGUGUAAGAAUGACAAGAUGGACCUUUCCUUUGAGACAGAGCCCUUGGGAUUCAGUUCUCCUGAUAGUAAAGAUCUAUUUGGCGAAGCGCCGCCUGUAUCAGACUGGGUGAACUGGGGUGAAGCCUCAGGAUUGGUUGUUGAGGGAUCAAGUACUAACCCAUUUGUUGAUGAUGACCAAUCUGUUGAUCAUUCAAACGCAAACGAGGUAACAACAUUUAACAGUUCUGUUAAUAGGGAGUUUACACUACCGAAUGGCAGUUCAAGAAAUGAUGAUCAGUCACUUAAUAGUGAUAUAAGCGAAAAACCUUCUGCUGCUCCAUCAUUGUUUGAAGAGGAUGUUGAGUUUGUUGGUGUUGAACCUGAGGGUACUGAGAAAGCAAUGGAACAGGCACUCAAGGAAGGAAUAGUUGGUGAAGCAGGGCCUUUAAAGAAAAAUGUUGUACCACCAAAUGCACCGGAGGAGAAGUCAGAUGAUGGUGCACCAGGGACCGAAUUCAAUGAUGCAAAUUAUUGGAGGGUUGAGCCCGAGGUUUCUGUUCUUGAGUGAGGCUUAGCUGAUACAUCAAGCAUAUGAUGUUUAAGUUGAUUUUUAGAUUUGGUGAUCCCCUUUCUAAAUUGGCGAAUGCAAGUAAGCCAAACCUAUGUACAGUAUGUCUUUGGCUUUUCUUUGUGGAGGAUCAAAUAAUAAUUUAUCCACUGGUUUUUGUUCUUUAGUCUUACAUGUUCUGUCUAUUAUUCGAGCAGUGUUGAUGCUUCGGCAUAUUUGGUUCCUUUACCUUCAUAUCUUUCCUUUUCGAGUUAAGCAAUUCUGUCUAGGAGUCGAAUUCCCAUUAUGAGAUAAACAGUUCAGACGAAAUUGUAGUUUACCAUAUAGUCUGUUAUUUGUACAUUUUCUUCUGUUCAAA